UCGCAGGCCGGGAACCCGAGGCCAACAGUUGCAGCCAAAGUCACUUGGGUGCAAGUCACUAGCCCGCUCGAGACCCUAGGAUUUGCUCCAGGACAGGUACUUAGAGCAGCCACCGCCCAGUCGCCCUCACCUGGAUUACCUACGGAGGCAUCGAGCAGCGGAGUUUUUGAGAAGGCGACAAGGGAGCAGCGUCCCGAGGGGAAUCAGCUUUUCAGGAACUGAACUGGCAGACGGACUUGCGGGAGAGCGACAUCCCUAACAAGCAGAUUCGGAGUCCCGGAGUGGAGAGGUCACCCCAAGGGAUGACGCCUGCGUCCCGGAGCGCCUGUCGCUGGGCGCUACUGCUGCUGGCGGUACUGUGGCCGCAGCGUGCUGCGGGCUCCGGCAUCUUCCAGCUGCGGCUGCAGGAGUUCGUCAACCAGCGCGGUAUGCUGGCCAAUGGGCAGUUCUGCGAACCGGGCUGCCGGACUUUCUUCCGCAUCUGCCUUAAGCACUUCCAGGCAACCUUCUCCGAGGGACCCUGCACCUUUGGCAAUGUCUCCACGCCCGUAUUGGGCACCAACUCCUUCGUCGUCAGGGACAAGAAUAGCGGCAGUGGUCGCAACCCUCUGCAGUUGCCCUUCAAUUUCACCUGGCCGGGAACCUUCUCACUCAACAUCCAAGCUUGGCACACCCCGGGAGACGACCUGCGGCCAGAGACUUCACCAGGAAAUUCGCUUAUCAGCCAAAUCAUCAUCCAAGGCUCCCUUGCUGUGGGUAAGGUUUGGCGAACAGAUGAGCAAAAUGACACCCUCACCAGACUGAGCUACUCUUACCGGGUCAUCUGCAGUGACAACUACUAUGGAGAGAGCUGUUCUCGCCUGUGCAAGAAGCGAGAUGACCACUUCGGACAUUAUGAGUGCCAGCCAGAUGGCAGCCUGUCUUGCCUGCCGGGCUGGACUGGGAAGUACUGUGACCAGCCUAUAUGUCUUUCUGGCUGUCAUGAGCAGAAUGGUUACUGCAGCAAGCCAGAUGAGUGCAUCUGCCGUCCAGGUUGGCAGGGUCGCCUGUGCAAUGAAUGUAUCCCCCAUAAUGGCUGUCGUCAUGGCACCUGCAGCAUCCCCUGGCAGUGUGCCUGCGAUGAGGGAUGGGGAGGUCUGUUUUGUGACCAAGAUCUCAACUACUGCACUCACCACUCUCCGUGCAAGAAUGGAUCAACGUGUUCCAACAGUGGGCCAAAGGGUUAUACCUGCACCUGUCUCCCAGGCUACACUGGUGAGCACUGUGAGCUAGGACUCAGCAAGUGUGCCAGCAACCCCUGUCGAAAUGGUGGCAGCUGUAAGGACCAGGAGAAUAGCUACCACUGCCUGUGUCCCCCAGGCUACUAUGGCCAGCACUGUGAGCAUAGUACCUUGACCUGUGCGGACUCACCCUGCUUCAAUGGGGGCUCUUGCCGGGAGCGCAACCAGGGGGCCAGUUAUGCCUGCGAAUGCCCCCCCAACUUUACCGGCUCUAACUGUGAGAAGAAAGUAGACAGGUGUACCAGCAACCCGUGUGCCAAUGGAGGCCAGUGCCUGAACAGAGGUCCAAGCCGAACCUGCCGCUGCCGGCCUGGAUUCACAGGCACCCACUGUGAACUGCACAUCAGUGAUUGUGCCCGAAGUCCCUGUGCCCACGGGGGCACUUGCCACGAUCUGGAGAAUGGGCCUGUGUGCACCUGCCCCGCUGGCUUCUCUGGCAGGCGCUGCGAGGUGCGGAUAACCCAGGAUGCCUGUGCCUCCGGACCCUGCUUCAAUGGGGCCACCUGCUACACCGGCCUCUCCCCAAACAACUUCGUCUGCAACUGUCCUUAUGGCUUUGUGGGCAGCCGCUGCGAGUUUCCCGUGGGCUUGCCACCCAGCUUCCCCUGGGUAGCCGUCUCGCUGGGCGUGGGGCUGGUGGUACUGCUGGUGCUGCUGGUCAUGGUGGUAGUGGCUGUGCGGCAGCUGCGGCUUCGGAGGCCCGACGACGAGAGCAGGGAAGCCAUGAACAAUCUGUCAGACUUCCAGAAGGACAACCUAAUCCCUGCCGCGCAGCUCAAGAACACGAACCAGAAGAAGGAGCUGGAAGUGGACUGUGGCCUGGACAAGUUCAACUGUGACAAACUGCAGAACCACACGUUGGACUACAAUCUAGCCCCGGGACUCCUAGGGCAGGGCAGCAUGCCUGGGAAGUAUCCUCACAGUGACAAGAGCUUAGGAGAGAAGGUGCCACUUCGGUUACACAGUGAGAAGCCAGAGUGUCGAAUAUCAGCCAUUUGCUCUCCCAGGGACUCUAUGUACCAGUCAGUGUGUUUGAUAUCAGAAGAGAGGAACGAGUGUGUCAUUGCCACAGAGGUAUAAGGCAGGAGCCUACUCGGACACCCAGCUCCGGCCCAGCAGCUGGGCCUUCCUUCUGCAUUGUUUACAUUGCAUCCUGUAUGGGACAUCUUUAGUAUGCACAGUGCUGCUCUGCGGAGGAGGAGGGAAUGGCAUGAACUGAACAGACUGUGAACCCGCCAAGAGUCGCACCACCUCUGCACACCUCCAGGAGUCUGCCUGGCUUCAGAUGGGCAGCCCCGCCAAGGGAACAGAGUUGAGGAGUUAGAGGAACAUCAGUUGAGAUGAUAUCUAAGGUGCCUCUCGAACUGGACUUGCUCUGCCAACAGUGGUCAUCAUGGAGCUCUUGACUGUUCUCCAGAGAGUGGCAGUGGCCCUAGUGGGUCUUGGCGCUGCUGCAGCUCCUGUGGGCAUCUGUAUUUCCAAAGUGCCUUUGCCCAGACUCCAUCCUCACAGCUGGGCCCAAAUGAGAAAGCAGAGAGGAGGUUUGCAAGGGAUAAGCCGCCUGCAGGCAGAACAGCCUUGGAGUUUGGCAUAAAGCAGGAGCUACCCUGCAGGUGAGGAAAGCCCGAGGAGGGGACACGUGUGACUCCUGCCUCCAACCACAGCAGGUGGGGUGCCACCUGCAGCUUCUAGGCAAGAGUUGGUCCUUCCCCUGGUCCUGGUGCCUCUGGGCUCAUGUGAACAGAUGGGCUUAGGGCACGCCCCUUUUGCCAGCCAGGGGUACAGGCCUCACUGGGGAGUUCAGGGCCUUCAUGCUAAACUCCCAAUAAGGGAGAUGGGGGGAGGGGGCUGUGGCCUAGGCCCUUCCCUCCCUCACACCCAUUUCUGGGCCCUUGAGCCUGGGCUCCACCAGUGCCCACUGCUGCCCCGAGACCAACCUUGAAGCCGAUCUUCAAAAAUCAAUAAUAUGAGGUUUUGUUUUGUAGUUUAUUUUGGAAUCUAGUAUUUUGAUAAUUUAAGAAUCAGAAGCACUGGCCUUUCUACAUUUUAUAACAUUAUUUUGUAUAUAAUGUGUAUUUAUAAUAUGAAACAGAUGUGUACAGGAAUUUAUUACUUCUUGGGUCCUAUCUGUGUAAUAGCAGAGUGGGGAUCUUUUUCCUGCCUCCCUAUCCCAAAUUCAAAGCCCCUUAUCUUCUCGCUGUUGAGUGGCUCUGCGGGAACCCCAGGGCCUGUGCAUGCUUGGGUUUGCCAUGUUGUGUAGAAGGGUGGUGUCUCAGUCCAGUCUUUGGGCAGCCUGGCCUUGGCCUCCCGUGUCUGGUGACUUUAAGCCUGGUGCUCCUACCCUACUUUAAGUUCCAUGGGGCUAGUUUCCCCUGCCUUGAUUUUCUCCCAUUGAGGAAGAGUCUCUCAUUACUUAUUCAAAAGUGCUCUUUUAUUAGAUCAUGAGUGACGUCCCCUCGGGUACUUCUUCCUGCCACUGGGACAUUUGGGUUGUACUGGCACCUGCACUUCUGGUACUAGUGUGGAACUGGUCUGGGAUGAGGAAGGUGGGGAGGGGAUCUGCCCUAGAUUUAUCUUUUUCGAAGUUGGGCAGAGCUGAAGGGAUGGCUGAGGCUACAAGGGGAGGGUCAGAGCCUUCCCUGACUCUGUUGCUCAGGCUGAGACACUGAUGAGGGAGUUUCCAGUCUACUCCAUGCCCAGCUUCCUCUAAGGCACAGGAUAGUCCCCGGGGUGCUGAUUCUCCCUCUGCAGCCACCAAUGUCACCCCAUGUCAAGCAAAUUGUGAGAAACAACAGCAACCACCACCCAAAGCCAGUGAGAAGCUAUGCAGAGGCUCCUAGCCAGUCCAUAGUAAAGCAAAAGCAGACCCAACAGAUGCCUUUCUCUUAGUGGAAUCCAACUUCAGGAGGCAAACUACUCCCCAACCCCGGCUCCAGUAUGGUGGACAGGAGCUGGGUGCCCGUUGGACUCCUCAUGUCCCAGGAGUGUGCAUUUGCUCCAUCCACGGCUUGGCCAUCAUUCCCUGUUGCUCUCCUGCACACACAGGGUAUCAAACAGGAAAACAUUCAGGGAACCGUUCCCACAGCCUGAGCCGACAGCAGGGGGAAGAACAACACGACCUCACUCUUCCUGCCCAAAAUGAAACAGGAAAGCGGCUUCUAGGCUCUGGGGGGUGGGGGAGGCUGGGCUGGGACAGAAGUCGAGAUGACGAGGCUCCCAUGUGGGGGACAGGUAGGACACCCGCAGGCCUGCACGUCCACACCACCCGGCGAGGCUAUAUUGCCAGAUGGUCGGAGAAGAACCCUGGAGGGGUCCUGGUGGCUGUCUCAAUCCAUUUUACCACCCGAUACCCUAGUCAAGGAGCUGAGAGAGAGCCCAACACAUGAUCGCUGCUUUCUGGUGCAAGUUGGAACUUGAGCAAGGGACUUAGUGUGGAAUGCUUGUGGGGGCUCCAACCUGCGCCCACGCCACGCCCUCUUCCCAGCAACUCAGAUGUGGGCCCAGUUCUUACCUGGAGUGUGAACAAAAAAUAUACAUAUAUUUUUUUUCCCCAGAAAUUCCCGAAGGUCUCUCCUUGAGAGGCCACACAUCCCCAUCACAGAGGUAGGGAGGGGUACUUAAUGGUCUCUUGAUCACUCCAAGAGUCCAGGAGACUUGGCAUUCAAACAAUAUUAGAUUAUAACUCUAGAAGCAUUGUAAAGCGUCUCAAGAGCCUGGCAAAUGCUCUUCUUUGAAUAUUUUAUAAUAGAAUUAAAGUUUAGCAGUUCCUCAGUAACUUGGAGUUACAGUCCUGUCUAAAGAAUUAGUCUGACCUCCUGGUGACCUUCGGGCCUGAGGACAGCUGCUUUUCCAGAGCUUGUUGGCUGGUGACCACCUGGAGAUCCUUGUCCUCUGGGUUGGGAGGGGCUGCAGUCAUGCCUCUCUUGGCUAGCCCUGGCACAGUUGGAUCUCAACUGGGGGGCAAAUGAGUGUACAACGGUUCCAACCUGCUUUGACUCAGGCUAGCUGAGGCCACUAGAC